CGUGUUCGUGUUUAGGAAAACACAAACACAGCUGAUUCGGCUGAUCCUCAAAUUAAAUUAUUCAGUUUAUAGUUUGUUAAAAUUCUAAAUUUUAUAUUCUAGAUAAUUAUAUUUUAUUGCAAAUAUGUCUGUACCGGUACUUAAAGCCGGUAUUUCACUGAGAAGUUUCUUCAUCUUUAAUUCCAGCUUUGGCCCCAAAGAGGGAGAGGAGGAGAAAAAAAUUCUGUUCUAUCAUCCUCAAGAAACGGAUAUCGACUCAAAAGUGAAAGAUGUUGGAUUAUGCGAGGCUAUCAUCCAGUUUAGCAACACUUUUACAAAUGACGACAGCGUUCAUGCGAUGCAUACCCAGAAAACCUGUCAGUUGUAUCAUCAACCGGAACCCGGUUAUUGGAUGACUAUGAUCCUGAAUGUCCCCUUCGAACGAAAGACACGUGAAACAGGCGAUUAUAAUGAAUAUCACGGAGAUGAUAUUCACGACACAAUCUACCAGGCCGUUCUUAAGCAAUCGUAUCGGAUGUUUCGUUUGUUCCACGGAUCGUUCAAAGAUAAUCUCCAGCCAGCGGACGAUUUGGACGCCGUUGCCAACCUGAUUGGCAAAUUGGAAGAAUUCUACUGCAAGUACAUAUUGCAGCUGAAGAUUAAAGACUGUGACGUGUUGGAUGCCUUUGGCAGUGUGCAAUACUUGCCACUGAAUCAGCUACUCUUCUUGAGAGUACAGAACUUUAUUAAUAUGAUUGAAUCGACUUUUGAGCCAAUUAAGCAGUGUAUAUUUCUGUACGACGAUUAUGUUAUUUGGAGCGGCAUCAAUCCACAUGACUUGUACACGAUCUACGAGUACUUGAACGGUCCAAUGUUUCAAGUGAGCACAGAGCAAGAACAUUCCCGCAAAGUGUAUCUGCGAGCAAACGGUCUGGACAAGACAUACAACUUCAUGGUGUGCCGCAAAGUGCAAAACAUCACCCUGUGUUUGUUUCUAGAGGAUGUUGAAAACGAGCAAGCUCUUUACCAUGAACUAAACGCAGUGGUUAAUCCCCAGCUGACCAGUAUCUCUUCGGAUAUAACUCAACACCUAGCCGAACAGCCGUCGCCGGACGGAAGCAAAGAUGAUUCCCCCACCGGUUCGAGGUUCAUCUAUUUCAACGAGCUAAAUCUUCACUACCGGGGCACGAUCAAGCUGGGGUCUCAAAGGCGAAACAAUCCUGGUGCAUCCGUUCCGAGUGAUGUGAUGAAUUUGAUCGUAGAUCUACUGGACGAUUCCCGGAAGAAUGGACCGGACAGUAACUCAUGCAAUGUGACGGAGGAAAGUAUCCUGAAGACGCACGACGACUAUUGGAUCGUGAAGCGAAGUUGCAAUGCGAGACACGUGUUCAUCGUGCUGAACAAGAGCUCUACGCUGAUCGACGUCAGCGAGGAAACCAAACGCAUUCUGGACCAGAACAUGAAAGGGAUGUUUUUCUGCAAUGGCGACAGCAGGUAAGUAGCCGAGGCGUAGUUAUGAUUGUGACAUUUAUUUAGAUACUAUAUUUAUCGUUAUAA